UUAAUUAAUUAAAACUCCCAAAACAAAAACAAAAAUUUUCUCAUGAUGAAUAUGAUAUCAUUAUUCAUCAUUUUAUUGAUUAUGUUUUUUGUGAUUCGAAUAUUUUUUCUUUGUUGGAAUUAUCUAAAUCGUCGACAAUUUGAUUGGAAUACAAAUAAUGGUAAAUCAUGGGCCGUUGUUACCGGUGCAACCGAUGGUAUUGGUUUUGAAUUUGCCCGACAAUUAGCCUUAAAAGGUUAUAACAUUAUGAUGAUUAGUCGUAAUGAAGAAAAAUUGGCUGCUAAACGACAAUUAAUAUUGAAUGAAUGUUCAUCAUCAUCAUCAAAAUCGAUUCAGAUACGAACAUUGGCUAUUGAUUUUAAACAAACAGAUUAUUAUGAUAAGAUUCGAAAAUUUCUCGAUCUGGAUCAUAACGAUAUAGCUAUAUUGAUUAAUAAUGUUGGUGUGGGACCAUUACCAGCUGAAGUUAAAUUUGUUCAUCAAGAAUCCGUACAAUCGCAUAUGGAUAUGAUUAAUGUAAAUAUUGUUUCUACAACACAAUUGACCGAUUUGAUAUUGCCAUCAAUGGUGUCCAAACGUAAUGGUCUUAUCAUCAACAUAUCAUCAUUUGCAGCCAUUCAUGCUACACCAUUUCUUGCUGUUUAUAGUGCAACUAAAUCAUACAUUCUUCAUUAUUCUCGUAUUUUAUGGGCCGAAUGUGAACGAUACAAUGUUCUUGUUUAUACAUUAACACCGGCAUCUGUUUGUACGAAUUUAUUUCGACAAACAACACCAAGUUUGUUGGCACCAAGUGCCCGAAAUUAUGUCCAAAGUGCAUUGGCUACAAUCAAUUGGACAACACCUGAAAGUUAUGGUUAUUUUGCACAUUGGUUUGGAUCGACAAUUUUUCUAUCACUCGAAUGGUUAAUUGGUUGGCAAUUGAAAACAAAAAUAUUGGAAAAUGUCAUUGCUAAUUCUGUACCCGAAGUAUCGGUGUCAAUGAUCGAUAUCAUUCGAAACGUAUUAUUUUUAAAUUCCAAAAAGCCAAUGGAAAAACAAAAUUAAACACGGAUGAUUUUAUGUUUUUGAAAAGACAUUUUAAUUAUUUUUUAAAA